AUGGAGCGAUUGGCGGCAGCUCUGGGCCGCCUGGCGUGGAGCUCCGGCCCGCCGCUGCCGCUCGACCUUAUCGUGGCCAAAUGCCGCUUGCCCGCCCUCGUGCGCCCCGGCCCGGGGGAGUAUGUAGAGGGGGUCAGUGACCAAGAUGUGCUUCUCAUCCACUCCUGUCGUCAGUGGACUACAGUGACAGCCCACAGCUUGGAGGAAGGACAUUAUGUCAUUGGCCCCAAGAUUGACAUCCCCCUCCAAUAUCCAGGAAAAUUUAAGCUGCUAGAUCAGGACAGGGAUGUCCGGGAGCCUGUGCAGUACUUCAACAGUGUGGAGGAGGUGGCGAGCAUCUUUCCAGACCGGGUGUUCGUCAUGGAGGCCAUCACCUUCAGCGUAAAGGUUGUGUCAGGCGAGUUCAGUGAAGAUAGCGAAGUAUACAAUUUCACACUGCACGCAGGAGAUGAAUUAACACUCAUGGGCCAGGCAGAGAUUCUGUGCGCAAAAGCGGUGAAAGAAAAGUCGCGUUUGAACACGUUGCUGCGGAAGUUGGGCAAAGCAGGCGUCCCUGGCACUGGCGGUGGGAAUGGCGGUAGCAGUAACAGCGGCAGCGGCAACACUGGGGGUGGCAGCGGCAAACAGUUGAAGGGCAAGAUGCCGUGCUUGAUCUGCAUGAAUCAUCGGACCAAUGAAAGCCUCAGCUUGCCUUUCCAGUGCAAAGGGCGCUUCAGCACUCGCUCACCGCUGGAGCUGCAAAUGCAGGAGGGAGAACAUACAAUUCGCAGUAUCAUCGAGAAGGUGCGACUUCCUGUCAAUGUGAUCGUGCCCAGUCGGCCACCUCGAAACCCCUACGAUCUGCAUGCCAUCCGUGAGGGCCACUGUUACAAGUUGGUGAGCAUCGUCUCCAAGACAGUGGUGUUAUGCUGCAUUCUCCGCAAGGACGAGGUGGCACCCUUCCACUUCCUCUUGCUCACAGACAUGCCCCGUUUUCUGCUGCCGGAGGGGAUGUUGCGUGUAGGCAGAGACCCCCAACUGGAGAAGUUGUUACGAGAAACUGCUGCCCUCUGCCAGGAAUGCUUCGAUCCCAAUGAAUAUUCCAAGGCUGUGCGGGAGGCCAAGCCAGACUUCUCAGAAGAGUGUGCCAGCCCCCGCCAUGUACGCCUCUGCCUGCAGGGCUACAGCCGUGAUGAAUUAGCCCAAUCCUUUCAGCGCCUCUCACUUUGCUUGUAUGCUGCCUCUGAAAGCCGUUGCCAGGACGCGUCUCAAGGACGGAGGGCUCAACCAUUGCUUCUCCCCUCUCACCAAGAGCCCUCUAGCCUUAUUUCUGAUACUUUGGAUUCUGAGCGUGAAUACAUGACACCUGACUGGGUGGAACCCACAUUCCGGACUCAAGAGCUCCCAUAUGAAGAAUUGUGGACUAAUCAAAACCCAGAGAACUAUUCUGAAUCCAGCAGCACUGUUCCCGGACUGGAGAAUACCAGCAAGGGCCAGCGGGAUCUUAUCUCUUUCGGGGGUUCACCUUGCCAUCGAGGCCUGCUGCAGGAAGACCUUAACGCAGAUGCUCCUCCCCCAGUCCCACCCAAAUCUGAAGCGGUGAGAGAGGAAUGUCGUCUCCUUGUUGCUCCCCCUGUGCCACCACGUGGUGGCCACACAUCGGCCACCUCCAGCCCUCCAAUGCCCGUGCGCUUCCCCAAGCUCCAAGCGGCAGUAUCACCCAGUGCCAACCUCUCAUACUACUCAUCUGGACUUCAUGACAUUUCAAGGCCACGAAGCGGUAGCUGCUCCCCAUCUCCGGACUCCUACUCCUUGUACUGCUAUCCCUGCACAUGGAGUGACUGCAAAGUUGGAGAGUCCACUAGUCGGCAGUUGGGCAGCCCUCAAACACAGUUGCCAUCUCAGCCCCCACCUGCUCAGAUGUCUUCCUGGUCUGACCCUUGGCCAUAUAAUGAUCCAGGCUCAAGUGUGGCCACUGGGAGAUCCACUCCUCUGCUGGGGAGCACUGAUGCCAACGCCAUCAAGAGCUACCAUAGCUGCCCUCGCCUGAAGCCUCCCCCGCCACAGAAACGCUUUGCUCCCUUUGGUGCUCUUAACCCCUUUUCCAAUCCAGCAUAUUCUUCCAGCCCAGCUUCCUCUGGCUCCUCAGAUUGGUUGGAAUCUCUUGAUUGGCAGAAGACAACCGCCUCUUCCAUAGACACCUUUGACCUCUUUGAAGGCUCUUCCUCCCCAGAGGGGCACUGUAGUCCUGCACCACCACCUCGCUCAUCAAAACCCUUUGACACGGCUGAAAAUAUUGUCAUUCGGACGUCAGUAGCCCCUUUGUCAUCCACCAUUGUUCAUGGCUCUGAAGGUGGCAUCACCCACCUUUAUCUGGCUCAGGGGGUCAUUGAGGCACCUCCUGCCCGUCUGAAUGGGGAUGGUUCACCCUGGCAGCCUCCUGGUGACUUAUCAGCGCUGUCACUUGAGGAGGUAUCUAGAUCCUUGCGCUUCAUCGGCCUCUCUGAGGAUGUGGUCAGCUUCUUUGCCCGGGAACGCAUCGAUGGUAGCAUCUUUGUACAACUCACCGAGGAGAUCCUAUCUGAGGAUUUUCAUCUUACCAAACUUCAAGUCAAAAAAAUAAUGCAGUUCAUCAAAGGCUGGAGGCCCAAGAUCUAG